UCCGGGCGUUCGCUUGACAAGAUGGCGGCGGCGCGGCAGCCAGGGCCGCGUUUUGGCGUCUGGGCGAUUCCCGGCUUCUGAGGCGCGCGCGGUUUUGUCGCGCCGGCCCACCGAGGCCCAGGGAUGGGCUUGUCGCCGCCGGCCCCUCUGCUUUUGGGGCUCCUCCUGCUGCAGGGCGUCGUGAGGCCGCUGUGGGGGGACCUGGUUUUCAUCCCGUCUGUCAUCCGCAUGUCCGGCCCUGCGGUCAGCGCGUCCCUGGUCGGAGGCACCGAGGAUGUGACCGUGUCCCUGGCCCUGCUGCAGGACGCGGAGGGAUUAUUGCCAGUUCCUUCUUGUGGAGUGCUGAGCAAUGAGACCGGGGACUGGAGUUUGACGGUGACGCCCAGAGUGGAUUCAUUGGAAGUGACAGUGAGGUUGAAGAGGGAUCUGCAAUGGUGUGCCUCUAAUGAGACAGACUCCUUCUCAGAGUCCCCAUGUAUUGUCCAAACUCUUCUGGUUUCAGCAUCUCACAAUUCAUCCUGUUUAGCACAUCUACUCAUUCAAGUGGAAAUUUACGCCAACUCUUCUCUGGCCCAUAAUGCGUCAGGUGUGAAAAGUUUUGCACCCAGUCAGACAGAGAUCAGAACAAGAAAAAGGAUGGAAGGACAGACAGGAGAGAACGUGACUGUUAUUCCUAACCAGGUGUAUCAGCCCCUUGGUCCUUGUCCCUGUAAUUUAACAGCUGGGGCCUGUGAUGUUCGCUGCUGCUGUGACCAGGAAUGCUCAUCCACUUUGACAGAGCUGUUCCGAGAGGCCUGUUUCACCGGCGUCUUUGGAGGAGACGUGAACCCCGCCUUUGAUCGCCUCUGCUCGGCUCCGCCUGCGCCCGGAGUCCCGGACUGGUCCCCGCUGCUGUGUGUGCAGUCCCCCCUUGCCAACUCGCCCUUCCUGGGCUACUUCCACCGCGGCUCUGCCUCCUCUAGACAACGCACUUCCGUUGAUGUGUAUUUGCAUACGGAUGUGAAAGACGUUUCAGACUUUGGUUACAAACAAGGAGAUCCAAUUAUGACUGUAGAUAAGGCAUAUUUUACUAUUCCACAGGUGUCCCUGGCUGGGCAGUGUCUGCACAGUGCCCCGGUGGCAUUCCUUCAGAAUUUUGACGUUCGUUGCGCUACUCAUUUGGAAGUAUACCAAGAACGAGAUGAUAUCGUCAAUGUGAAGAUAAAGAAUGGUGCUAUAGGAGGCAUCGUUACACCAAAAGUAAUCUAUGAGGAAGCAACUGACCUAGACAAAUUCAUCACCAGUACAGAAACACUUUUAAGCAAUGGAUCAGCCCCCAGAAACGUGAAUGUGGAAGAACAUUAUCUUUUCAGAUGGAAUAAUAACACCAUCACUGAAAUAAAUGUCAAAAUUCUUAGGGCAGAAAUUAAUGCCCACCACAAAGGAAUCAUAUCACAGAGAUUUACGGUAAAAUUUUUAAGCUAUAACAGUGGUAAUGAAAAGGAAUCAUCUGGUAAUCCAGGUUACCAACUUAGCAAGCCCAUUCGAGCUCUGAAUACCAACAGGAUGAAUAAUGUUACGACUUUACACCUUUGGCAAUCAGCUGGAAGGGGUUUGUGUACAUCGGCAACGUUCAAACCCAUUUUAUUUGGAGAAAAUGCAUUAUCUGGGUGCCUUUUAGAAGUUGGGCUUCAUGAAAACUGUACUCAGCUCAGAGAGAAUGCUGUUGAACUGCUUGGUUCAUUAAUACAAGCAACUCAUGUUGCAACGAGAGGCAACUCGGAUUACAGGGAUCUUGGUGAUGGCUGGCUCGAAAUAAUCCGUGCAGACACCCCUGAUACAGGUGCAGACCCAUCUGUUAGCAGCAUGAAUGGCUUCUGCCCGGAUAUUCCUGCUCAGCUGAGUAUCCGCAUCCUCAUCUCGGAUGCUGGUGCAGUGGAAGGGAUUACUCAGCAGGAGAUACUUGGCGUGGAGACAAGGUUCUCCUCAGUGAGCUGGCAGUUCCAGUGCGGGCUUACUUGUGAGGAGAAGCCCGACCUUGCCCCUCUCAGUGCCUCCGUCCAGUUUAUUAAGAUCCCGGCACAGUUACCCCGUCCACUGACAAGAUUCCAGAUCAAUUUUACAGAGUAUGACUGUAACAGAAAUGAGGUGUGUUGGCCGCAGCUUCUAUAUCCGGUGACCCAGUACUAUCAAGGGGAGCCUUGCUCUCAGUGUGUUGCCAAGGGCUUACUGUUGGUUUCCUUCUUCAUAUUGGCUGUGUUCCUCAGUGACCCCUGGACCAGAAUGUGCAAAGCUUGGAGUUAACUAUCACCUGACUUCUUACAGAUCAUGGACUUUCACUUCAGUGAUUUGUUGUACUCCUCUGUGCCUCUCUGUAAAAUUUUAAUAAAUGAAAUGUUUUAUUUUUGUAGAACAUUU